AUGGAAGAGGCCAGUAUUUCAGUAGAUCAGGACCAGUUCAGCUGUCCAGUAUGUCUGGAUCUGCUGAAGGAUCCAGUAACGACUCCUUGUGGACACAGUUACUGUAAAGUUUGUAUUAAUGGACACUGGGAUCAGAAUGAUCAGAGGUCAGUCUACAACUGCCCCCAGUGCAGAGAAACUUUCACUCCAAGGCCUGUUCUACGCAGAAACAACAUGCUGGCUGGAGUGGUGGAGGAACUAAAGAAGAAACUUCAAGUUAUUCCUCACUGUUACGCUGGACCUGGAGAUGUGGAGUGUGAUUCCUGCACUGGGAGAAAACUCAAAGCCAUCAAGUCCUGUUUGGUGUGUCUGGCUUCUUACUGUGAAACUCAUCUUAAACCUCACUAUCAGUCUCCUGCCUUCAAGAAGCACCAGCUGAUCACAGCCUCCAAACAGAUACAAGAGAAGAUCUGCUCUCAACAUGGAAAACUGAUUGAGAUCUACUGUCAUACUGAUCACAGCGGCAUUUGUUAUUUGUGUAUGAUGAAUGAGCACAAAGGCCAUGAUACAGCUACAGCUGCAACAGAACGAUCCAAGUACCAGAAUCAGCUAGUGGAAAUGCGUAUGAAUUCUCAGCAGAGACUCCAGGAGAAAGAGAAGAAGCUGCAGGAGGUGAAACAGGCUGUGAAGACUCUUAAGGUGAGUAGUGAGCAGAGAUCUGCUGGAGCAGCUGUUUCACAGCUCAGUCAGACUCUCCUCCAGUCAGACAGUGAGGAGUCCAGUGUUGGACACUUAGAGAUCCUACACAGCCACAAUGUGGACAGUGAGUCAUCUAGAGUCCCAGUGAGAGAGUGAAUGAUAGCUGGUGUGUAAAUGGAGCUCCAUCUU